UCUGUUAUAACUACCUAGUGGUACCUAGUGUUAAGUAUAGUAGACUUUUCUUCCUUCCAGUGAGCCUCGUCUCAGCCUCGCCUCGUGGAUGCGCCCAGCCUCCGCCAUCGCCACAUCGCAACGCCCGUCCGGUUUUCAACACGGCCAUCUCUCAGGCCAGCAAUGAAGGGGUAGUAGUUUAAUUAUAUACAGGCCCCUUCCCUCUGAUACUGAAUCCCGAAAUUUCUGAAACGCAGCAAUUUUUGCCUUAAAUCUACGACUCAGCAUGUCUGGAGCAGGGAUCUUGAUUGUUUCAACCUACGUAGCGGCGAUCAUCUCGUGCUACGAAGAAGGCAGCAAGGUACUAUCCGCAAUGCAAGACAAGCAGAAAGCAGACCUCGCAGAAUCUCUUGCCCUGGGCCCGCCCAUUAUCCAAGCACAGUAUGAUAGCCAUCUCCGCAGGUUCGGCGAUGCGUACGCCCUGGGCGAUCGGAUCGCGCGUGAGGAGAUGAAGGACGUCUUGAUGGUUCUGCAGAUGACUUUCCUCGCGAACCUGCGCGUGGAAGGUAGCACUCAUCUUGUCCGCGGUUUCGCCGAGCAGAGCAGUAACCGGAAUCAUGAAGUCGAUUUUGAUUUUGCUGCACUGCAGGUUAUCGCGGACGACACUCGAGUCAGAAUGGUGAUGGCGCUGUGUCAGUUGUACCAGCGUUUGGCGACUUUCUCGGGCCAGGCAUCUCGAGAUCGUAUGGUCUUGCCUAUUGAGGACGAGAAGGAAUCAUCCAAGUCCGGGUUUUCACUUCGGAGCGCCAUAUUCGGCAGGAAAUCUCGCUCUAUCCGAUGUAACGAGAGAUCCAGCGAGAAACAGCAGUACCCGUCCUCCCAUCGGACUUCGAGUAGUUGUUCAUCAGUUAGAAGGGGUGGUGCUAGCCUGACUAUCCCGUUGCAUACGGCCCUCCCCAGCGAGGAAAACAACUAUGCCGGUUUCUGCAAGGGCGCAGGGAAGCUCCAGCUGGGCGUGAAGAAAGCGUUUUCUAUAUGUUCCCGGCCGACGGGGAUGUAUACUUACGAGUGGUUCUGGCGCUGUUCGAAAUGCAGUUUUGAAGGCCCCCUUCAGAGAUCACCGGGUCGAUCCUCAUCAUCGUCUGUAUUGUAUACAUUCAAUACGGAGGUGCGGGUGCAUGAAGCCACGGGCAUCCAGUAUCGAUGGGCCUUUCUUGCCAAAUCGCAUGUCGCGAUCAAGACAGUCUUCACGGGCACGGAAACAGAUCACAUGCAAGGUGCGUUUGGGUGUCUCUUUUGCUGCGUCGAACGGAGGAGUGCCACACCGGUAUUUGGCAAUCUCAAUGCCUUCAUGCAUCAUCUCGCGGCCCACAGGGAGGGGUCCAUCUCCGGAGUGACCGAGACGAUACACGAUCGGAUACGCUGCGUGAGUAGGAGGGUGGCGGCCAAAUCGGAGAAUUUUGAUGUCAAUAUUCCGCCUGGGAUUGCAGAGAGAGGUGUUAUCUAGGUAGUUAGUUGGAUGCAGCAUUCGAAAGCUGAUUAGGAACUUGAUGAAUCGAAACUUCAUAUUCUUGAUUCUGUCAGAUAAUUACAGGGUGAAUUCCAGCCGGUUCCCAGCAUAGUCUCGUGCGAAAAAGCGCGUCGGAUACUCGACUCCCUGAAACCCUAUUCAAAUC